ACUUAUCCAUAUAUAGCAAAACUAGAUGAUGACCAGUUGCAUCUAGUCAUGUGGAAUCUUUUACUAGUAAGUUGGUAGAUAUUGUCUGAGGAUAGGCUUUUUCUUGGACAUAAGAUUUCGGGGUUCCCAGUCCAAUUGUAAGUGCAAAACUUGUUUGGUGAGAGAACCAGUAGACUACAAUUUCGUGUUUCAUCAAUAAAAAGUUUAAUUAUUAAAUUUUGGAUUUUAAGUCCUAACAAUAUAAAUAAAUAAUGUAAUGAAAAUAUAAUGAUAUGACAUAAAAUUGAUUAGAAAAUAUGAAAAAGGGACAGACAAGCUGAGGUUUGAUUUCAAGUAAAAGGAAAAAGACAAGGAAAAUUCAACUGUCUACGUAUCUUAUAAGUAACACCUUUUUUUCCUUUAAUAAAAAAUCCAAUAAUUAAUUGUUCAUUUAACCAUCAUUUCCAUAUGUAGGCCGAAAAGUCCUUUGCACCACAGGCGGAGAUAUUCAUGAAACUCUAAGCACUUUUUGCACUGAACAUGAUGUAACACUUAUUACUUCUAUACCGCAGGUUGUCGGAAAAACUGAUCCAAUCAAAGCAGUGGUAAGAGAAACAUAAAAUUUAACAUUAAAUAAGAACUAGAAUCCCCUGGACUAUUCUGGAAUAGCCGUACUUUAUGAAAUCAUGACCCUUCAUUUUUAAAGUGUUGGUAAUCUUAUCACAAGGUGACCGAGAUUUUGACUACUCCAUUUCCUUUCAUUCCCUUCGCUUAACUUAACGACGUAGGCAUAUGCGAUUUUCCCUUUUUGCCCUUUCCACCCCAUUUUCUCUGGUGAAAUAAUCGGGCCUACCGCGAGUCUUAAAGGAAGGGAAAAUGGAAAUUUCAUCUUGGAAAAACAGACAAAACAUUAACCAAGGGAAAGCCACUUGGACAAACCAGGGUUUGCUUUAAUCCAACGGGAAACCCCCACGUGUUACCCUCUGAUCCCGGCAUGCUUAACCUAGGUUACUGGGCAUUCUUUUAUGGACGUAAAGGGCCAUUGACGUUGUUGGGGUAAUAUACUAACGUUGUUCGAAACGAAAACAGGGACUCACUCUCUCCGUUGGCUCGUCACUGAUUGAACGCGGGAAUCCGGCACUCAACUCUACCGGAAAGUGAGAUCACCAUGGCCACUCCAGCGGCUUCCCCACCUGCGAAUAUUGAUUUCAACUGCACCGAUGAGGAGUUCUUUAUCUGGUUUAGCAAAUUGACUAGUGGAUCUCCUCUACCAAGCAAUGUUAUAGAUGAAAAUCCUUACAAAUAUCCGCCCCAAUAUAUACCAAAGAAUAUUUGGUUCUUGAUUAGCUCAAACGACAGCAUUGAUGUGGAACAUGGCUUCUGGACGACUAAACAGGAGGCCCGUGUUGUGUUCUCAAACUCUGAUAUUAUUGGUUGGAAAACCAUUCAUGAAUACUAUGAGGGUCAUGUCCCUUAUGAGUGUAAAACUGAGUAUGUGAUGCAAGUUUUCAGCAUAACACAGAAGAUACUAAGUGAUGACAAUGAGAAAAAGGAAAAGAGCUCGAUGUGUAGAGUUUCUCUUUUUCAUGAGAUGCAGCAAACAGUGUCUAGUGCUGGUGUUGAGGCUGAAAGGAAUCGUUUAGCACAACCUCCUGUUCUCGAUGCUAACAGCAGUACAAGAAUAGCUUCCUUGAGCAACCCUGAGGUGAACAAGCAUGAUGCUGUUGCAGGGAGACUUCCAGUUCCAGAGCAUCAUGGAGAGAACAUCAAUGAAAUGGAUUCUUUUCCUGGAGGUCAAAUUGAUGAGUUUUUAAGAGAGAACUUUCUGGAAUUGGACGAUCUUGAUAGCCCAGCAUCACCUUCUUCAAGCUCAGAUAAUUCAAGCGCCUUGAGCCUCUCUUCAGGUGAAUGCUUUGAUGCAGUGGCUUUAUUGCAAGACAUUGAGGACCAAGUUAUAGAACAGAAGGAAGAAGGUAAAAAGCUUAAUGUCACUGCAUCCAACAAAUUGGACGAGGUGGUUAUAGUUCCAGCCACUUUAGGAUCUGUGGUUAGCGUUGAGGAAAGCAAUUCGGGUAGUGACGAAUCCUUCAAAACUACUGGCUCUGUACCAAUUUCAGCUUCAAAGCAUGCCAAAGGGGAUCAAAGGGGUGAAGGUCCAUCAUCGUCAUCCGAUAACCGCAUGGCAGCAUCUGCAGGUGGAAGAAAGAGAGCUGCUUUUGGCGGAAUGAAAAAACUUCGAAAGAAGUACUUAUGCUUCAUGCCAUUUUAGAUUUAGAUACUUCUUUUUUCACACGUACUGCAAUUGUAAGAAACUAGUAAAUUAAGAUAUAUAUAGUACAUAUUUGGAGGAUUAAUCUUGUCACUCAACACUCACAGGGUAGUGAAUUAUCAUAUUCUAACUGUUAUAUAUCAGCAUGUAAAAGGUCAAGCGCUUAGCCAAAUGAAUAAAAUUGUUAUUAAAUGAUGA